UGCAGAAUUCCGGAUCUACUCGGCUCUGUUUCUCCCGUCCGUCUGCUGCUCUUGGUGUGGGUGUGAUUUUUCUGGCUUCUGAUUUCUUGAUUUUUCCUUCCAUGCCCGUCGGCCUCGCCCAAACCCGCCAGCUUCGGUUUUCUUGUUGCAAAUUCUGUUUUAGGUGGACCUUCAAAAGAUGGGUGACUUUAUGGCAUGCCUAUAUACAUGGACCCUGCGGAGCAAGGGGUCUCACACUACAAGCGUUCGCUGCAUACCAUACUUGAUAAUUUUGUUUAGUAUCCCAACGGGUGGUCCAAUUGCAACAGAUUGUAACAAAAUUACAAGGGAAUCAACUGAUAUUACAAGAGAAGGUUGAGAGGAUGGAGAGAAUGUUUUUUAUGAUGUAGGGAGGGAUACAGGAAGGGAUGCAAGGAGAUGGAGGGGCUUGGACAAGUGGGGGAGCAUAAUUGGCAUUGUUUUCAAUUGAUCUUUAUAUCAAAACAUCUUCUACUAUUAUAUAUGAAAUGGAUAUUUAACCAUACUUUGACAAUCAAAUGGAUAGUCAGUCAUACUUUGAUAGCCUAAUGGAUAAUCAACCAUACUUUGACAACCAAUAUGAUGGAAUUGUUGAAGAUACUCCUAAAUCAUUAUGGGAUUGUCCAUCUCGAAGUCCUCCAAGGAAGAAGUUGAUAAAAGCAAGGAAUCAUAUAGUAAUGCCCUAAGACAUUCCAUUUCCUAAAAAAGAAGACAACAUUGUUUGCCAAAUAUGUGAUAUUCCUGGACACUUAGCUACUAUAUGCUUGCAUUGAUAUGCAGUAACUUGUCAACUGUGUCACCAUGAGGGUCAUACUGCAAAAGUUUGCCCAAAUCGUUACUGAUCAAAAAUCAUGUCAAACCCAUCCAAAACACUUGCUGAGUUUUCUGAAACUAUUACAAAGAUUUUAGGUAAUGGUCGUUUGCGUCUAACAUUUUCAAAAAAAUCUUGGGAUGAGGCAUGUGAAAAAGUACGUUCUAUUCAAGAAUCAUAGUAUCUUUACCUAACUUACCUAUAUUUUGUAAUAUAUUUUCUAAUUUCCC